AUGCCCUUUCUAAAUGCGCCCCUUCCCACAGUUCCCUUUGGCAACGUAUCGAGCCUGCCAACAUACGACCAGGGGAUGUACAAUCGUGCACCUGCUCAGUCUCACCCAAUGACGAUGUACCCACUCCCAUCAUACCGUGCGGCAGUAAAUGCUUUCAAUGCACCUUCGUCUGUCCCGGCGCCUCUCCCGCAUCGCCCCAGCUUCGUCUUCCCUAGUCUCGGCAAAAUAGCUGCUAGUGCCGAAGAGCGACGUGCUGCCGAACUUGCUAUGCGUGUAUUCGAGAGAAUCGAGCGAAAAGAGCUGAGAAAGGAGGAGAGGACAGCGAGGAAGACGCAGAGAAAAGAAGAGAGGGCAGAGCGAAGGGCCAGGAGACAUCACCGGCUUUGA